AUGCGUCUUGUGAAGAACAAGAUUGAGCAUGAUGGCUCCGGAGCCGUCACAUUGUUCCCGGAGGAGCCCGAAGACAUGUGGCACGCAUACAACCUCAUCCGACCGGGAGACCUAUUACGCGCAAGCGCUAUCCGUCGAGUCACCACAACCCAAGAGACCGGGUCCACCUCAUCUGCUCGAGUACAUUUAAACCUCGAAAUCCGCGUGAAGAGCCUUGAUUUCGAUCCUCAGAGCUCAGAGCUUCAUGUCUCUGGUCAAAUCGUCAAUGAGACAGCACAUACCAAGAUCGGACAAUUCCACACUCUCGAUUUGGAGCUGAACCGCAAUUUCACUUUAGAAAAGGAUGUUGGUUCGGAUGGUGAGGGGGUUGGGUGGGACAGCAUUGCGGUGGAGAUGCUCAAGGAUGCUGUGGAUGAGGGUGGGAAGCGUCGCGCAGAGGCAGUCGCCGUUGUGAUGCAGGAGGGUCUGGCGCAUAUAUGUUUUAUUGGCCAAUUCCAGACAAUAUUGAAGCAGAAGGUUGAGAUGUCUGUGCCGAGAAAACGACAGGGCGGAGGAGAUCAUGAUAAAGGAAUGGGCAAAUUCUUCCGCGUUACGCUGGACACACUUCUUCGACAGAUGGAAUUUAAUACCAGCAUUACCUCGGGUUCGAACAAUGAGGCCGUGAAACCUGUUCUAUUAGCCUCGCCUGGGUUCGUUGCUGCGGGCUUCCACAAAUACAUCCAGUCAGAGGCAUCGACCACACCCGCACUCAGAAGACUCCUCGCCAGUGUUGUUGUUGUGCACUCCGCCUCCGGAUACAUGAACUCUUUAUCAGAGGUCCUUCAAUCCCCUGCGGUGAAAACCCUCUUGGCCGAUACAAAAUACGCGCGCGAGACCAGAUUAAUGGACGAGUUCUUGGACCAGUUGCGCAAGGAAACGAAUAAAGCCACUUAUGGUCCACGCGAGGUCGAGUCAGCAGUCGACCAGGGCGCUGUGGGUCGCGGUGGAGGAGUGUUGAUCAUGUCCAACCGCUUGUUCAGAUCGCAAAAUGUCGCCGAACGGAAACGAUGGGUUGGACUUGUUGAUCGAGUACGAGAUGUGGAAGGUGGUGAGGUGCGAAUCCUCAGCUCUGAUCAUGAGAGUGGAAAGCGUCUUGAGGGACUUGGAGGUAUUGCGGCGCUUCUGACAUUCCCCGUUAUGGAUGAAGAUUUGGAUUCUGAUGAUGAUGCGUGA